CCCCGGUUUCCAGCAGCUCCCUCCCUGUAAAAUUAGCAAAUACUGCAGCAAAGAAGUGAGAGUAUAUCAGUGUGUGUGUCUGUAAGUCUGAAGAAGAACGAUCCAACCAGGAUAUUCUCACUGACGCCGAACAAACCUUCUCAUCUGCCCGGAGACAGAGAUGGCAGCCAUCAGGAAGAAGUUGGUGAUUGUCGGUGAUGGAGCGUGUGGAAAAACCUGUCUCCUGAUUGUUUUCAGUAAAGACCAGUUUCCCGAAGUCUACGUGCCCACGGUGUUUGAGAACUACAUCGCUGACAUCGAGGUUGACGGAAAACAGGUGGAGUUGGCCCUGUGGGAUACUGCAGGUCAGGAGGACUACGACAGGUUGAGGCCUCUCUCGUACCCAGACACGGAUGUCAUCCUGAUGUGUUUCUCCAUCGACAGCCCUGACAGUUUAGAAAACAUCCCUGAGAAGUGGACACCUGAGGUGAAACACUUCUGUCCCAACGUUCCCAUCAUUCUGGUGGGGAACAAGAAGGACCUGAGGAACGACGAGCACACACGGAGAGAGCUGGCCAAGAUGAAGCAGGAACCAGUGAAGACGGAGGAAGGCAGAGACAUGGCCGGCAGAAUCAACGCCUUUGGCUAUCUGGAAUGUUCCGCCAAGACCAAGGAUGGUGUACGGGAGGUGUUUGAGAUGGCCACCAGGGCGGCGCUGCAGGUGCGCAAGCGCAAGAAGAGGAGUGGUUGCACGUUGCUGUAAAGCGACUGGAGUUUGUGAAAAGCAGGAAAAACAGCAGACAACGGAGAAGAGAAUGAGUUUAAAAAGACUGACCUUUGACCAAACAGCGUCUUUCUGCUGUGUUGUGUUUCACCACCAGAGUCCAGCAGAUGACUGGAGUGGGAGCACAGCCCAAACAGGAAGUGGACUUUAUGCCUGUUACAAAUGUUGUUAGAACUUGCUGUGUCAUGUUUCUCUUUGAUUGGCAUUUAUUUCCUGAUGUCUACUCUUUCUCCUGAAAUUACUUGUUUUAUUUUUGUUUGUUUGUUUGUUUUUAUGUAACAAGGCUACGAUUUGGCCCCAAGAUAACCUUUCUAAUCUUCGUCAUCCUGAUCUCUUAAUCAUAGUAGCAGUUGAAGAACUGCUGUUCUUGUCCACAAUAGCUGGUGCUUUUGAUUAGUUCCCAUCCCGCCCUCUCUGCCAGCAGGGGGUGCCGCUGUUGCACUGUGGUCACAGUAACUCCAAGCAGAACCACAGACCCAAUCUUUAAGUGAUUCAUUACAAAACGAUUGAACAAUUAUUUUAAAAGAGGCGGAAAAGCCUGACAAAGUGCUCGUCUUUUGCUCUAGAACCAGCAGUGACAACAACCACGAAAUUCAAAGGGUACCCAAAAAUAGAAGUCAAAACCAAAUUGUACUCACGUAAGACAUUUUCUGCCCUUUAGUUUUUCGUCUUUUCUGAGCGUCGCUCCAUGUUAUUUGUGGCAACUCUGGCAUCAUUUUGCCACAAUAGGCGUCCUUGUUAAACUGUUCUUGGAACCGAUGAUUAGCUGUGGCUAAACUACCCCGAGCUUCAAUCCAGGAACAUUUUAAUUGAAACAUUUUCCUGGUCAACUUGAGUUAAUUUAUCGAUUAAUCAUUUUAGCUCUUCACAAAGGUUUGUUAACUGUGUGAUGAAAUAAUGGUCCAGAAAAUGUCUUUCGGAAAGAUCCGGUCAUUCAGGUGCAACAUUCACAGUAGGGUUUUUGGGGCCAGGCCCACGGUGCACAGUAGAUAGACAAUGUUAGACCCAGGGGAGACAACACAGUUGGGACAGAAGUGAAACAACAGUUCAACUCGGCUGAAACAUUCCCUCCUUGUUGAUUGCCUGUGGCUGCGAUGUAAACCUCCCAAUUACGCCUGCUGCAGGCCAGUCCGACGGGUUAGCCCAUUCUUGGAAGUGUUGUCUGCUGCGUGUGUGUAUGUUUCCAGUAGGAUGACAUUCUUGACAUGUUUGAGCAGAGCUGUGUGUGUGUGAGAGAGAGAGAGAGAGAGAGAGAGAGACACUGUUGUUUUCCCUGGUGCCUUCACUGUUCUGUUGUGCCUUUUCUCAUCUUUCUUCCCAAACCUGAUGGUGCCCCUUAGCUCGAUGCUAACUUGAUAGCAUCUGUUUGAGUCUUGUAGCUGAAAAGCAGCUAAACACUACAUUUAGUUUCAACCUCAUUAUUUUAAAAGGCAGAGCUGAAUCAUGGGGAUUUCUGCAGUCACACCCGGGGAAACCUGUCUGCGGUGGCUCAGAUGCUUCGUCAUGACCUGCUGUCAGAACUCAUCUGUUCAUGACUCAGCAUUUGCAUGAGGGUUUUUUUUUUAUUGAAUUUAUUUUCAUUUGCCUGCAACAGUUGACAGAACAGCCCAGAGAGAGGGAGAGAGAGGGAGAGAGUCCUGAUGGCACCGACUCUCACCACUUCACUUUUACUCCGUCAGUGGCUCACACAUCUGCUCUAUGUGUCUUCUGGCUGCAUGUUUACGUCAGACUGUUACUCAACUUAGGAGAAUGGAAAACUCUAACCGUUUGUGUUCAAUGUGUGCGUGUGAGCGCGUGUGUUUUCUAAGAGUCUCCCAGGACAAGCACUAAACACCAAGUCUGUACCUACAAUAAAGGUUUAAUAUGAGCUACCGCCCUCUAGCGGCUGUAACUGAACAACGUUCUUGGUAGAUUACCGUCUGCAAUGCGUGAUUGUUUUCUCUUUGCAGAAAAAAACCAAAUUGCUUAUAAACACCUCAAAUACACACCUCAUCUCAGUACCUCAAAUAUAAAUUAAUAAGUAAAUCAUUUUUUGUGUUUUAACGCAACUAAUAGCACAAGAAGAGAUGAAAUACUUUGCUAAAUAUAUAACAACAGUGUGUUUAACCACAAGCACAGAAUAAGUAACCUAAAAAAAAACACAAUAACAAUAAUAACACAAUUAACAAUAACAAAAAAAGUUGGAAUAUUUGCAAAAUUAAAAUUAUGUUUCACCAAAGUAAUUGAAAAGUUGGAGAUAUUGAGAAAAUGUUUUCAGUAGCAACAAAGUUUUAAAGUCAUAUAAAGGUAGGAAACAUUUAACGGCUGCACAACUCAAGGAUUCAGUGAUAAUUUACAGUAAUUUAUUGGUAAAUGCCCUUCACUUUUACUGUGUGCAAAAAAGUUCUUUCAGGGUUGCUGCAUGUCAUAAAAACCCAGGGUCUCACACACACACACACACACACACACACACACCGCCAUAUGUGAGAAUUGUGCUUUCUUUCCUUCUCUCAGUAAAAUUAUUAAAUAUCUUUAUCUUUUUUCCUGUUAUUGUACUUUUACUUUGUGAACAGGAAGUGAUGUAAUGAAUGUUUGAUCUUAGAGUGAACAUGAACAUUGUUAAUAAACUAUUUUUGAAACAAGAA